AAAACACAAAACGCUUCCUCCUUGGCCAACGAAGAAGACGUGAACCGGAAGCAGGAAUCGCUUUUCUGCAAAGGUGACAAGAAUGGCAAGCGGACGCGCUCUAAAGGCCGUUCUCAUCGACCUAAGCGGAACUCUGCACAUAGAAGACACAGCAGUGCCGGGUGCGCAGGAUGCCCUCUCCAGGUUACGGCAGGCAUCUGUCGCCAUCAAGUUUGUGACCAACACAACCAAAGAGAGCAAGAAGAACUUGCUGGAAAGGCUGCAACGGCUCAACUUUGAUCUCAAGGAAAAAGAGAUCUUCACAUCACUGAGUGCUGCGAGGACUCUCUUAGAGAAGACAAAACACAGACCGUUGCUCCUGGUGGAGGACAGCGCCCUGGAAGACUUCGCAGGUAUCGACACAUCCGAACCGAAUGCUGUCGUCAUCGGGCUCGCUCCUGAUCACUUCGACUAUCAAACGAUGAACAAGGCUUUCAGACUGAUUCUGGAUGGUGCUCCACUCUUCGCGAUCCAUAAGGCUCGCUACUAUAAAAGGAAAGAUGGCUUGGCCCUCGGCCCCGGACCCUUUGUAACAGCACUGGAGUAUGCCACAGACUGCAAAGCUUCUGUCGUGGGAAAGCCUGAAAAGACAUUUUUCACACAGGCACUGGCUGAUUUGGGGUGUAGCCCAGAUGAAGCAGUCAUGAUCGGAGAUGAUGCCAGGGAUGACGUCGGAGGAGCUCAGAGUACCGGAAUGUUGGGAAUUCUGGUCCGAACCGGUAAAUACCGACAAGGAGACGAGAAUAAAAUCAACCCUCCUCCUCACAUGACAUGCGACACUUUCCCAGAUGCUGUUGAGCACAUCCUUAAGAAUCUACUAUAAUGUUACCUGGUUUCGGAUAUGCAGGUCCUGGAUGAGUGCAACUUUGUGUCAUCAUGUACAUAACGUGUGAUUUAUUAUGAUGGUGCAUAAACAACAACAACAA